AUGGGUCUCGGCGGGGUGGGCGCGCCCCCUGAGGCCCGGGCGCCCCUCGCCGCCUGGGCGACCUCUCGGCGGGGCCAGGCGGGGGAGGGACAGCAGCAGGUGACGACUGCGCGGCCGGGGGCUAUAAAUAGGAGCGCCCGUCAGCCGGCUGAGCGGCGGCGGCGAGGGGCCCGGAGGGCAGGGGUCGCGGCGUGGGCAGGGGCCUGGAGGGCAGGGGCCGGCGCUGCCAUGGGCACGCGGAGGCUCCUGAGUCGCGAGUGGGGCGCGGGCGUGCGGGCCGGGGCGGGGGGCGACGGCGAGGACGACGGACCCGUGUGGACCCCCAGCCCGGCCAGCCGCAGCUACCUGCUCAGUGUGCGCCCCGAGACCAGCUUAUCAAGCAACCGGUUGUCUCACCCCAGCUCUGGAAGGAGCACCUUCUGCUCCAUCAUUGCUCAGCUCACAGAGGAGACCCAGCCACUGUUUGAGACCACGCUCAAGUCCCGGGCUGUGUCCGAGGACAGCGACGUCAGGUUCACCUGCAUCGUCACAGGAUACCCAGAGCCAGAGGUCACCUGGUACAAGGAUGACACCGAGCUGGACCGCUACUGUGGCUUGCCCAAAUACGAGAUCACUCACCAGGGCAACCGCCACACCCUGCAGCUCUACAGGUGUCGAGAAGAAGAUGCUGCCAUCUACCAGGCCUCUGCCCGGAACAGCAAGGGUAUCGUGUCCUGCUCGGGGGUGCUGGAGGUGGGCACCAUGACUGAGUACAAGAUCCACCAGCGCUGGUUUGACAAAUUGAAGCGCAAGGCCGCGGCCAAGAUGCGGGAGAUAGAGCAGAGCUGGAAGCAUGGGAAGGAGGCAGCCGAGGAGGACACCCUGCGCAAGCUCAGCCCUGACCGCUUCCAGCGAAAGCGGAGGCUCAGUGGGGCUCAGGUGCCCGUCUCCCCAGCCCCUCCCAGGGAGACUGAGGGUGGGCCCCCCACGAGCUGGCAGGAAGGAGAGACUGAGCCCGCUCAGCACCCAGGCAUGGGCCUGAUCAACAGCUUUGCUCCCGGGGAGGUGACCACCAACGGAGAGGCAGCCACUGAGAAUGGAGAGGAUAGCUUGCUGACGUACAUUUGUGAAGCCAUGGAGCUCGGGCCCCAAAGAGCCCCCAAAAAGGAGUCCGGGGCCAAGAAGAAAAAGAAAGAUGAGGCACCUCAGCACGGUCUGCAGAAGUCAGAGUCAGAGCAGGCAGCUCACGGACACCAUUCUGAAAACCAUGGUCCCAGUUCUGACAGGCCUGACUCCUGUGAGAUGCAGGGGCCCAGGGACACAGCCCAGGUUCAGGCCCGGCCCAGGGGCAGAGCCUCCCGGGCAGCUGGGUCCUCUGGAGCAGAUGGUACUAGGAAGAUGGGCUCUGCCAUGCUCCCUCAAGACAAGGCCCAAGAUGUCUCUGCUUUGGGCCCUGCUCCAACACCUGAGGUGUACUUCUCCCUGAAGGACAUGUAUCUGGAGAGCACUCGAGCAGCCAGGUCUCAGAAGGAAGGGCCCCAGUCCUUAAGUGACAGGGCACCCCAAGAGAUGCCCAUGGGGAAGACCAGCAGCCAAGCCAGAGCUGAGGAGUCUGCUGCCUCCAGCCAGCUCACACCAACCCUGGCCCCUCAGCAGAUGCGGCUUCUCAACAGGAAGAGAUUUGCCCCUCCAAAGCCCAAAGUGGAGCCCACCACCAACAGCAGACCUGACUCUUCCCUGAGUCAGGCUCCUGAACCUGGGCCCCAGGCCUUAGGGAAGCUCCAGACUCAAGCUUCUACCCCAGUGCCAACGCCACCUGCCCGGCGGAGACACAGCACCCGGGAGAGCCCCCUGCAAGGGCGAGCCGGCCACAGGACUUCAGGAGAGGCCCUAGAGCCCCAAACAACCACAGUUCCCACCACAUUGGCCAGCAGCACCUCUGAUAUCACUUCACUUGGCCUCAGUACCUCGAGAAGUCAGGAUACCAUUGAGCCCAUGGAUACAGAGACCCAGGAAGACAGGAGCACCUCUGCUGACUGGAGAACAGGGGGCAACAAGAAUGCACAGACGGCUGAAGAGGGACAGACAGACAGAAGAAGGCUGACAGAUGAGAAAAUGGAGAAAAACCAAACACAGACAACUCCAAGGACACAGGCAGAGAGGAAGGCACAGGUGGAUAUUGUGACACGAGAAAGUGUGAGGACACAAGCAUGCGAGAGUUCCCAGGAGGAUGUGGUGACCCAGGUAGAACGGACGCAGACAGGUGAGAGGAUGCAGCAAGAUGGAAAGAUGGAGGCGGAGGAUGGACUACAGGAAGACAGACGGAUGCAGGGGGAGAAGGGGAUGUGGUCAGAGGGAGGAACACCCACAGCCGUGGAAGGUCACCCAGAGGAGAAGCCGAGGCUCAGGCUUAGUCGACUGUCCACAGCCCCUGCACACCCACCUUCAGAGGGCCCUAGGCCUCAGAUUGCUAGAGACUUUGAGCAGACCCCAGAAAUGCCCUCUGACCCAGCAAAACCCACUGUGCUCUGCUCUGGGGAGGCAGCAGGAAUUUCCUCCAGAAACCACGAGCAAUCAGUGCCAGGCACCCUGUCGGGGCACCUCACACUCCCAGCCCUGCUGUCUGCAGACAGCAACUUGGAGCAGAGGGGAGAAGAGGGAUGUCAAAGGUCAGGGUCAAGCCCAGGCAAGGACAAGCUAGAUGACAGCCUGUUCAAGGGCCCCAAGGAGGACCAGUUAGGGGAAGUGCCGCCUGUGGAUUUGAGGAGCUGCCUUCCAGCUGGCCUGGGUGCAGAGGGGCCCUCCAUGCCCUCUCUUCCUGGGACUAGCCCGGCCAGUAAACCACUGGAGGGGUUGCCCAGGACCCUGACUUCUCGGCACACAAGUGCAGAUACCUUUCUGCCUUCUGGGGCUCAGGCCUUGCUGGGGUCUGCCCCAACAUUGCACCUGGGGACAGGAGCACCCACUCAGAGUUACCCACCAGGAAUGGUAGCUCCUGUGAGCAGUGAUGGGGCAUGUGCCAAGGUGCCAGAUGUGGAGGGUAGGACCCCAGGCCCCCGGAGCUGUGACCCUGGCCUCAUAGAUUCCCUGAAGAACUACUUGCUUCUGCUGUUAAAGCUAUCAGGCACAGAGACAAGUGGAGGGGUGGCAGAGCCCCAGGCAGGUGAGGCCACCGGGGCCCCAGCAUCCUCAUCUACUCUGGUCCCCACUGUGGAAGUGGCUGGCCUGAGUCCCCGGACGUCACGGCGCAUCCUGGAGCGCGUGGAGAACAACCACCUGGUCCAGAGCGCGCAGACCGUGCUGCUGAGCCCCUGCACCUCUCGCCGCCUCACCGGGCUCCUUGACCGCGAGGUGCAGGCUGGCCAGCAGGCCUUGGCAGCUGCCCGGGGCUCCCGGGGCCCGGGCUCCAGCCUCCUCUCUGUCCCUGCCAUCGUGGUAGGGGAGGAGGGCUCUGGGCCAAUCUCAGAAGAAGGAUCCAGUCAAGGUGAAGGAGAAGCCUCCUCUGAGAGACCUGAGCUCCUAGGGGUCAACCCAAGGAGCAGUGUAGGAGGCCCAGCCGGGGAGGCGGGUGAAGAAUUGCUGUCGGCAGAGCACGGGGUCCAGGAACCCUUCCAUGAGGUGGUGGCUCUGGCUGAGGCUCCAGCAGGUCUCCCUGCAGCCACCCCGGAGGAGCUGGCCCUGGGGGCCAGGAGGAAGAGAUUUCUCCCGAAGGUCAGAGCAACAGGAGAAGGGGAGGUAGUCAAGGCCGAGGAAAGGGAGAGCCCCACAGUCUCCCCUCGAGGGCCCAGGAAGAGCCUAGCACCUGGGUCCCCAGGGACUCCAGGAUCGGAGAGACGAUCCCCCACCCAGGGCAGAAAGGCAGGUCUGCUGGAGGUGCCGCGGACAGAGGAAGAGCCGGUGCCUGGAGACCUGGCCAGUGGCCCGGACGCAGAGCCAGCACUGGAUGAAGGCAAGCAGGACGCUCUGGCCAAACCCAAGAAAGCCGAAGACCUACUCAAAGCCCCUCAGGUGAUCCGGAAGAUUCGGGUGGAACAGUUUCCGGAUGCCUCAGGUAGCCUGAAGCUCUGGUGCCAGUUCUUCAACAUUCUUAGUGAUUCUGUCCUGACAUGGGCCAAGGAUCAGCGUCCAGUGGGCGAGGUGGGCAGAAGUGCAGGGGACGAGGGCCCAGCAGCCCUGGCCAUCGUGCAGGCGUCCCCGGUGGACUGUGGCGUGUACCGGUGCACCAUACACAAUGAACACGGCUCUGCCUCCACCGACUUCUGCCUCAGUCCUGAGGUGUUGUCAGGAUUCAUCUCCAGAGAAGAAGGUGAAGUUGGAGAAGAGAUUGAAAUGACCCCCAUGGUGUUUGCCAAGGGUCUGGCUGACUCUGGCUGCUGGGGGGACAAGCUCUUUGGGCGCCUGGUGAGUGAGGAGCUCCGAGGGGAGGGCCAUAGAUGUAGCCUCCAGAAGGCCUCCCAGGCCAAGGUCAUCUAUGGGCUGGAGCCCAUCUUCGAGUCAGGCCGCACCUGCGUCAUCAAGGUCUCCAGCCUGCUCGUGUUUGGGCCAAGCAAUGAGACAUCAUCUCUCCUGGGCAGAAACUACGACGUCACCAUUCAGGGCUGCAAGAUCCAGAACAUGAGUCGUGAAUACUGCAAAAUCUUUGCUGCGGAAGCCCGAGCUGUGACUGGCUUUGGGGAGGUGCCUGAGAUCAUCCCACUGUAUCUGAUCUACCGGCCUGCAAACAAUAUCCCAUAUGCUACCCUGGAGGAAGACCUGGGCAAGCCCCUGGAGACUUACUGUUCCCGGGAAUGGGGCUGUGCUGGGGCCCCGACAGCACCCAGCAGCUCCGAGGCCAUGCACAAAUGCCAGACCUUCCAGCACUGGCUGUAUCAGUGGACAAAUGGCAGCUUCCUUGUCACAGAUUUGGCAGGGGUUGACUGGAAGAUGACUGAUGUGCAGAUUGCCACCAAACUUCGAGGAUACCAAGGCCUCAAGGAAAGCUGCUGCCCUGGCCUGCUGGACCAGUUUACUGCCUCCCACCAGUGCAACGCCUACUGUGAGAAGCUGGGGCUCAAACCCCUUAAGGGCCCGGAGACCACCCACCCCCAGGCCAAGGCCAAAGGCUCCAAGAGUCCAUCUGCCGGCAGGAAGGGUGCCCAGCUGAGUCCUCAGCCCCCAAGAAGAGGCCUGCCUAGCCCUCAGGGCAGUCGCAAGAGUGUCCCAAGCCCCAAGGCCACUGCUCAGGCCUCAGAAGCAGUCACUGCCCGUUUGUUGGGACAGCCUGCCACCCAAGAAGGGGGUUCCAAGGCCCAGAGCAUGCGGUAG